AUGUCGACGAAAGCGCUCAUACCUGGGAACUCCCAGCGGGCUCGCUCGACGGCUCUCAACGCCUUCGAGCGCUUCGCGGUCGCCGAGGGCUUCACCGUCAACGCCAUCUAUGAGUUUAACUCGGUCACCAGCUACUUUGGCAACGUCAAGAACCACCUACUUGAGCUGUUUCCAGCUUUAAGUGCUGUAUCGGGUCGUCGGCUGCAAAAGAUUGCGUCAAUCCUCGACAAGUACUGCUCCAAGCGAGGCACAGACUUUACGCACCAGUCCCCACCGUGCACGAAAAGCGACCUGCGCUCGCUCAGCUUAGCGAUAUUGAAGGGGGCUGUAUCUGUGCAGGACUACCAGGAUGCAGCCCUUCUCAACAUUCUUUGGUAUUUGCUGGGUCGGUCUUCAGACACUAUGUGUCUCGUGAAAAACCAGCCGUCCAAGAACGACACUCCACGCAGUCCGGCACCACGGCGUGUUGAAGACGACGAACUCUUGCGGAGGCAAACCUUGCUCUUGGAGCAGCAGGCGCAGAUCCUUGGAGGGCUAGCAGCCGAAGUGAAGGCAUUGAACCAGCGGGUGCAGCGGCUUGAGCACCCAUUGGACGUAACCACCGCUCCGUCGACAACAGCAGCUGGUAGCCUGUCGAGCUCGUCCAGCGCUUUGUCGGAUACUGCAAGCGGCGUGGCAACUCGUGCGCAUUCGCGUGCGAAGCCACUCGCGACUGUGUGGUACGAGUGGUUUCUGCCCCCGUUGCCAAGCGCGCGUCCAAACCGGCGGCGCUAUCACGAGUGCAAGGUGGCCGUGGCCUUUAUGCGGGUUUUUCUCCCAGCCGGAUACAACGUGACCGGAGAUGAGGUCACAGCAAAGGGACGCAUCCUGAGCUCAGGACGGGAGGCCGAGGAAAACGUUCUUGCUUUCCUGGAGGCUGAGAACGUGAAAGCAAAGUCGCAUGGCACAAUUGUUAAGGUUUUGAAGCGGAUGUAUGCUCAAGGCAAGCUAGACGACCGCAUCAGGAAUUACCAGCGACUUCAGCAGGAAGGCAAGGCUCUUGAAGAUGCACCGGUGCAUGUUCUUGAGCCCUACAACAAUCCCAGCACAACGUAA